AUGAAUCAAGCUACACUCCACGGACAAGAAGCUAUGAAUGAAGGAGCGGGGCAGACCUGUACUAUUACUAUAGAACAAGAACCAGCACAGACAGAUCAGGGAUUCAAUAGACCACCUAUUAAUUCUACCACAGAAGAACAUCUUACUCUUUUGGAAAGAGUUAAUAAAGGUAUAAAAAGCGAAUUAACAAAAAAAGAAAAGAAUAAAAAGAUUAACUCGGAUGUAUGGCUCACGCUAGCAGUUAUAUUCGCUUGUUUGGUCAUCAUAGCCGCAACUAUAGCUCUAUUUAUGUCGCUUUCAAGUGAUUUUUCAAUAAAAAUAUCCACAGUGGGUAUAUAA